ACAGUCACGCUCUAGCAGGAAGUGCUUGUAGUUGGUUGCUACAGCAACAGACAGACGCUACUGUCUAACCUGGAGUUAGCAUACAGCUAAGAGCUGAGUGUUUACGAGAAGAGAAGACGUGUUUCAGUUGCAGAUGGAGGCCUCCUCACAGAGUAGUAACGGCAGAGGACUAUGGAACAAGCCCAGAGCCACCCAGUACAGCAAGGAGACCCAGGAUAUGCUGAGAUUAAUGAUGCAGGAAUCGAGAUUCACCAACCUCCAGAGAAAACAGAUCAACGAAUGCCUCAAGAACGGAGCAUCUUUACCACUGACCUCUGACCCCACAUCCUCAGCUUCCCCCCCUCAGGCUAAAACUAGUAAAUCUGUCCAGAAACAUCUGCCGAGCAAGCCCCAGAGACGCAGCGCUGAAUCUUGUCGCAUUGGGGACAGCUACGUCAGAGAAAAAUUCCAUCCUGGUCCUUUAAGAGACUUAGAGAAAGAGAAGAUGAGGCUUCAGAGUAUAAUGGCGACAGGAGAAGAGCCCACAGCUGCAUCUUCCCACAAUGCAUGUCAGAACCCAGAAGUGACAGAGCAGAAAGACCGGUAUCAGGAAGUUCUGGAUGAGAUAGAGGAGAGGAGACAGUUUCUGGCAGAUAUGUCCUCUCUGGGUCAGGAGAAAAAGUACGUCAACAUCAUCAACACUGAGAUAUCCCAGAGGAUUCGAGACCUGCAGGUGUUGGACAAGGCCAGGAGAGAAGAGGAGAUGAGAGCUGCAGAGCAAAUAACAGAAAAGAUGGAGCUGAAAGAAACAGGAGAGAAGACUCACUGCCACUGACUGAGCAUUUGGAAAUUACGUAGAAAUCCAAGUACAAGCUAUAUAACUUCAAAUUCAGAUUAUGAAUGGGUCAAGUCAAGUAUGAUAUAAUGAGUGAUGUCUGCAAAGAGGCUACAGCUGACCGGCUGCUCUGUGCUUCAACUAUAUAAGCAGUUUGUGUGUGACAGCACAGCAGUGAAGAUAAAACUGUGAUAUCAGGCUGUGAAAGCAUUAAACUUAAAAGAAAGAUCAU